GAAUGAAGUGCUCCGGCAGGACGUUUUUGGCAGUGGCAGCAAAUUCGAUUCGUGACUGACUGCUACAUGGUAGGUGUACGGAACGAACUGUCUGUCGCCGGAUGGUUGUUGAGCGAUGUUAUUCGAAAGUGGUAAGUGAAAAACAUUCGGUGCAAGUGGGAUUAGUGUUUUAGUGGAAUACUAAGCCUAGAAAGUGGUCCUUUUUUCGUGAAUUGAUAGAAUUGCGCAAAAUUAUCGAUUUGCAAAGUGGUACGGCUGCUUUGUUUGUGCUCUCUCGAGAGUGAUACCCAUACCAAGAAGAAGCGCACACCACGGCUCGAAUGAGAAUGAACCGCCGUCUGCUGGUGGUGGUCUUUGCGGCUGCCGCCGUCAUCACCAUCAUCGCCGUCGCCGUCGCUGCACCAUUCAGCAGCGCUAUCGAUGUGUGAUUGUUUUGUCUAGCCAGUUUUCGUGUACGUACAGGGCGCGAUCGGAAGCCCACCCCGUCGCGUCGUUGAUUAGUCGGCUGGUGUUGGUGAGCUUCUCGCAAACGCAAUGCACUGUAGCCACUGCGGCGCUUUUGUGUGCAGAAUCUAGCUGUGUGCGCGCGGCCGCCGCGGUAUAAGCAUAAUAUAGCGAAAAACUCUCUUUCAAAAAGGUUCAUCCGACGGUUCGGUCAGACAUGUUUUGCUAGACAAACGUGAAGGUUCUGUUUUGUGUCGCGCGCGAGGUAGUUCUCACUGUGGGAGACCUAUGGUGUGUAGGCAAGAAGAAGUAGAAGAACAAGCAAAAACUGUUCGAAGAGGGGCGAAAUCCGCGCGGGGGUACGUGUGUAUGAUUGGUGUCUAGUAAGUACGAUGGAAAGAAGCGGUUGGCUGGCAGCAGUGAGAGGAAUCACCGUCGUCGGAAUAGGACUCGGAACCGAUGAUGACAAGAAGUGAAUCUUGUUUGCAGCUUCGGUUUGCUAGUGAUGCGAAAAGUAGAAAUAAAAUCGCGAACAAAAAAUAGAUUCAGUGCACUGAUUUUCGGAUUCGGUCUCGGUGACGGAUUUCGCCGUAAAUAUCGUGGGUUAGAUGUGUCGUCUGUGCGUUAUUGAUUAAUGGAAUUGGCUCAUCGAUUAAUUGGAAAGAGUGGCCAACCGCAAGGUCAACGCCAGGAAAGACGACGUCGGGCAGAAGAAAGGAAAUGCAAUUUGCCAUAGAGAAUGGCCCUGGUCUGAGUGUGUUUAGUCGAAAAUGUUAUAAGUCGGUGAGCCUUUCCAUCCGACUGGUUCGAGCAAUACGCGUAUUAAAGGUUUGAUUGGCUUUGUCCACAAGCACGGUGGGCAGUUACAAAUAUAAAUAAAACGUUGCGUAAGUGCAGCUCUAUCUUAACUUUUACGCCGUGCGGCUGCCGUAUUUUGUCGAAUUUCGGACGACGGACGAACAUCGUUUGCAAUUUUUUCUUUCUGCGUUCCCUCUAAUGUCCGUACUUUUCGGCGACCCGUCGUACCUGAAACGGACGUGAACAGAGCGCUCUGCGAGCUCGAAAAAACCGUCGAACGGUUGGAUGGGGUUGGACGGUGGAAGCAGCGCGAGAUAGAGAGCCGCCUUUGCAUUUGCCGCCGCGUGUGUAUUUGAGCGAGCGCACAGAAAAAGUGGAGAAAGCAAAAAUUGAAGUAAUUUUAGUGCCAAUUAAAAUUAAAAGUUUGCGAGCCAGCAGCCGGGAGAAGUGCGGCACAAGGAACCGUGUAGAGUCGUACCGAAAGACGGCAACAUUCUUGGCACAUGGUUUCCGUCGUUUCCGCUGCCGCUGGUUCACUUGCACCGACAUAGCCUGUCUGGUCGGUGAUGAAUUUUUCGCGAAUGUAUUGCACAAACUAACGAACGUGUAAACCGGGAAUCAACCGGGACCAAUAGAAAAGUGGUUGAUGACAGCUUAGUCGCACGACACUGCAUCCUCUUAGAACGACUGUCCGCAUCCGGUGACAAUGUGCGUCAUACGGCGGAUCCUGUUCCGCCGAGCCCUUGGAAUGCCCUACUUCUGCGCCCCAUCCUGGGUACCAGGCGACACAAAAAUGUGCUACGAGUCGUAAAGUGCGGCUGGGCCGUUUGUGUGGGUGGUUUAUUUGCCAGUUCAAGGGAAAAACGAAGCCUUUUCCUAUUGGAAAUAAAGUGAUCGUUUUGAUUGAGAAUAAAACAAAGGAAAAGAGGAGUGUUUUGUGUGAAAAUCAUUUCAAUACCAAACCCACCCUCACAGUGUAAAGGUGAAAAUUUGAAGUUCUUUUAUCGAAAGGCAGUAAAAAAAAAAGAAUCUUAACGACAAGUGUGUUCUCUAUCGAUGAGAAAUGAUUGGGUUCUAGAAGAGCCGUGCUAGUCGUGUUCUAUCCCACAGGAAUGUUACAUGAAAUAUUGGUUAUGGCAAGUCGAUGAAAAAGUGUGAAUGUGUGUGAUAAAAUAAGGGAGUGUUUCUAGUAGAAUAAAAUACAUAAAGCAAGUUUCUCCGUGCCUGCGAAUAAUAUCGAUCGACGCUCCCCUCGGUCGAGAACGGAGAUUUCCCUCGGAAUCAAUUUUGAUCCUGUGUAGAAAAAUGACCGAGUACGUUCCACCACAGUUGAUCACGGUGCUGAAAACCUACCAGGACAAUGCUCCGAAAGGUUUACAUGGACCCGGUCUCUCGUUGGUUCAUCCCAGUAAAAGCAGUGCUGCUAGCGGUGGUGUCGGCCCUAGCGGACGAACGGAGCGGCCAGAAACUCCAGAGCAUCCAGAUGAACCGAGUGGUAGCUUAAUAGUACAGCCCAUCACUGGACCGCUGCCGAUGCCGUCGCAUCCGAUUAUGACCACCCCGGAUCCAGACUGUGGUGUAGUGCAGCUUACGAUGCUCGAAGGAAAGAAAAUUGGAUGCUUUCUGCUGGGUGGCGAAAUGAGGCUUUGUUUGCCGCAAAUUUUCAACAACAUCCUGAUGGAUUUUUCAGUCGAACAGAUCAAUCGUAGCAUCCAGGAACUGAUGAUCUAUCUGUACAAUUGUACCGAUCAACAGCUGCAGGAAUUCAAGCGAGCCAAUAUUAUACCUGAUACGGCUAAAACGUGCGGCUUGAUAACUCGGACCAACGCUGAACGACUCUGCAGUUACAUGCUGCACCAAGCCGAUAGUACCAGGAAUCGAAAAGGAGCAACCACAUCCUUUCGUGUGUACCAUCGGUGUUUCGGCAAGGCUGAAGGCAUUUUCACAGCUGAACUUUACUCGUACAAGGAACCGGCCUGUAUCGAGUGCUGCGAGUGCCAGGGUAUGUUUUCACCCCAGAAGUUCGUCUGCCAUCAGCACAACCGGCACGAGAACCGCACCUGUCACUGGGGGUUCAACUCGAGCAACUGGCGGGCCUACAUUCAUGUUGCUCUGGAUGAGGAAAACCGUGAAGCAUAUGUGAAAAUUUUGGAGGAAAUCUGGAACCAGGAGCGGGACACCGAGAUGGAGUUAGAGCUGGAACGAGAUUACUGGAUCGCCAAACGAAAGAAAAAAAAUCAAACAGUUCCCGGACGAGCAUACCUUCUAGUAAUGGCCGUCUGCUGCGCCCGAAUCUGUCGAAAAGGUAAUCUAUCGAACGCGCAAUUCAAGUGCACCAUUGACGAGCACGACCACGACGACAACGAUGACGAUCAGAGCUCCUGCUCCAACGUUGAUCAUCACCACCACCGACAGCAGCUUCUACGGCUCCAUCCAUCCACUGCUGCCACUAGUAGCAGCAGCAGCAACAACAGCAGCACCAACAAUACAUCUUCACAGUGCCGAGGACCAGUUAUUUCCAAUGUUCCGGUCCAAUUGCUCCGCCAAAUCGAUUGCACGAGCACAAGAAACAUAUCCUUCAUUUCGAUGUUCUACGUCUACUGCAUGCUGCAGACAUCGCCGUUCGUUCUCCCAUCGUCCUACCUGUGCAAUGCAACACCCAAAGCGGCGGGGACAUUUUUCCGCUGUCCCGACAUCAUCAUUCGCAUGCUAAAAUUAGAAACUUUCCGCCGGCAGUUGCACAGUUAG